CUGCCCCUUCCUGGGUCCCUUCCCGGUGGGCCCUGCGCACUGGGGAGCCUCAUAAAGCAGCCUCCGCAACUGCCUGGGGCCACAGAGGGCUUGGCUGGGGCUGAGAGUCAACUUGCCCCGGGAACCACCUGAGAUCCUGGGGGCAGGGGCCAGGGCCGCCAUGGCUUGGGCACGAUGGCUGGGCCUGCUGCUGGUGCUGCUGCCUGUGGUCGGUGCCUCCAAGCCGGGCAUUGUGGUCAGACUCAACAAGGAAGUGCUGAGCUACGUGGCUGAAGCCGGGAAAGUCCCUCUCCGGCAGGCCCUGCAGGUCCCUAUCCCACAUUUCCUGGACCGGAGUGGACAAGUGAUCCAGCCCACCAGGAUUCAGAUUCUGAAUGUCCAUCUGCCCUAUCUCCAGCUGAAAUUUAUUGCCGGUUUUGGAAUACGCUUAUCGGCAGCCACCAAUUUUACUUUCAAGAUCUUUCGUGUCCCAGAGCCCCUGCACCUGAUGCUGCCCGUGGCACUGCUGGCUGACACCCUCGUGGCCCAGGGCUCCAUUGGGACCCCCAUGGUCAGCAUCUCUGCCUGCUACUCACUCUUCAACAAGGCCAUCGUGUUUGAUGGUUAUAACAGCACAGCCACCACGCUGCUGGCCCCUCUGCAGAAGCACAUCAAAGCUGUCCUGCGGAACAAGCUGUGCCUGAGAAUCUCCAACCUGGUGCAGGGCCUCAAUGUUCACCUGGGCACUUUAACUGGCCUCAGCCCUGUGGGUCCAGAGUCCCAGGUUCGCUACACCAUGAUCAACGCGCCCAACAUCACUAAAGACUACAUUUCCUUUGAUAUCAACGCUGUCCUCUUCCUGCUGGGCAAGCCCAUCAUCCUGCCUAUGGAUGCCACCCCCUUCGUGCUGCCAUCGCACGUGGGCACCAGUGGUGCCAUGGCAACCGUGGGCCUCUCCCAGGACCUCUUUGACUCUGCCAUCCUGCUGCUGCAGAAGGCUGGUGCGCUCAACAUGGACAUCACAGGGCAGCUGAAGUUGAGUAACAACCCGCUGAACACCUCCACGCUGGGCCAGGUCAUCCCUGAGGUGGCCCGCCAGUUCCCCGAGCCCAGGCCCUUGGCACUCAAGGUGCAGCUGGAUGCCAUACCCGUGGUCACACUCCAUACCAACAAUGCCACGUUGAGGAUACAGCCCUUUGUGGAGGUCCUGGCCCCAGACUCUGACUCGGCUUUCCAGUCCCUCUUCUCCCUCGAUGUGGUAGUGAACCUGAGCCUCCAGCUCUACGUGUCUGAGGUGAGACUUCAGGGGACCACGUCUGUGUUGGGGAAUGUCCAGGUCACCGUGGCCUCCUCUAAUGUGGGCUUCAUUGAAAUGGAGCAAGUGCAGUCACUCAUGGGUAACGUGUUUCAGAGGCCCCUGCUGGACCACCUCAAUGCUCUCCUGAGCAUAGGGGUUGCCCUCCCCAGUGUGAUCAACCUCCGCUACAUUGCCCCUGAGGUCUUCGUCUACGAGGGCUACAUUGUGGUGUCCGGCGGACUCUUGUACCAGCGCUGAUGUGGGACCACUUGGAGUGCUGCUCUGGGGACCCUUUUGCCUCGAGCCACUUGGGAAACCUAGGCAAAGCCACACUUAGACAUCACCAGCAAGCUGGAUGGCCCGGCUAGCUGCUUAAUCCCACCCUUUCCCCUUCCCCUCCCUGGUCCCGCCUUCAUCCCUUCUUUGUAAGGAGCAGGUAGCUCCUCCAGGCUGCACAGACCUGUCUCCUCUUGCAUUAAACAUCUUCUCUUGAGCUGCAACUUCCA